AUGGAUUCAUCAACGAAUUUCAGUGACAUGUGUGGUGCCAUAGAGAAAUCUUGGCAGUCUUGCAGCGCGCAUGCGUCUGCACUGGGCGAUGAUAUCAAUUCUGUCAGUCCUAUCACUGAGAACAUGCUCGAAAAAUCCUGGAAAGAGAAUUUGAAACGUGGCAUCACAUGGGCAGGGUCUUUACAGCAAUUUGAUCGUGAAUCUCAGAGGUUUGCUAGGCCAGCCUUGGCUGAUGAAUUUCCAAAGAAAGUUCAUUACCAAAGUUUUUGUGGUGCCUUUUGUCGCUCUUCUCACAGCAUGAAAUUGGUCAGAAUGUUUCAAUCUUUGCUGGAUGAGUUUUCUGAUGUCGUGCGGAGCAUGGGUUCUGUUGCCGAAGCGUCAAAAGAGCACAUUCUCUUACAGUUCACUGUUCAGACUGGAUUUGAUCAGAAGGACUUCUUUGCUUGGAUGGUUGCCCCCUCAGCGACCAGUGGAAUCCAACAGGCUCAGCAAAUCUUUGUUCUCUGCAAUUUUGCAGGUUUCACAGAUGAGGACGUCGACAAGUUCUAUUUGGACUUGUAUACUUUGCCGAAGGUUGAGUCAACUUCGGACUUCUCACCGAUCGGGUGUCGAGUUGGCCCUUUGCACCAGCUGGUCAGCGAUGAGUUUGCCAGGUACAUUUUGGAGCAUGGAGGUGGCAUGGACGGCAUGGACUUCAACAAUCCUGACCUUUGGCCACAGCAGGUCGUCAUCAACAAAUUGGUCUUUGAGAACGUGUCCCUGUCGAGGGUUCUUGUGACUUCCAAGUGUCCCGUUUUUGAGCCUAGGGUUGUCAUGCUAGACCCCAAAGAAACAGAUGAGGUGGAUGAACAAGAAGCCAUAGCGGGGGAGGAACAACAAACCCCCAUUGCCGAAGCGGUGUGUGAUGAUUUGAUGAGCAUGGUCAUGGAAACGAGUUCAGCAGAACCGACUGCCAAGAAAAGAGGUAGGAAACCCAAAGAAAAGUCUGAGAGUUCAGCUCAGUUUAGAAAGAGAUAUUUAGAAAAGGCAUUGAAUCAACAAGAGGAGAAUCCCACAUUGCCAGCAGAAACAGAACUUGGGAUUGAUCAGCCGGUGUUCCAACAACUUGUGAAUCUUCUUGGGGAUGAGACAUUGGUUUAUUCCUUAGAUGAAGCAGCAGCAAAAGACUUGAUUGCAGCUUUUGAUAUGUGCAGCGAGCAAGAGAACCACCUUCCAGCAGAUGCAACGUUUGAUCUGCAAGCCGAAGAUGAUGCAGCCAUUUCCGAGGAGAUUUUCACUGAUGCUGAUGCUAGCUCAGCCAACGCUUCAGACAAUGUAGGUACUUCCCAUCAGUCUGUAGGAUCAGCGGCAGCGAGUAGUUCAUCGGUUCCAGUGUCAGAACCAGUAGCUCAGAGUUCAGGCGGCUGUUCUACACACGAAAGUGUUUUGAAAACCUUGAGUGAUGGCACUGUUUUGAAGCUCCUUCAAUUCAAAGAGCUUCGGCAGAGAAAUUGUGCAUAUGAAGUGCGUCGAUUUUAUCCCAAUGGCAUUAGCACACUUGUGGGCCGGCUCCAUUUGAUGUCGCAGAGCCGCAAUGAAUCCUAUAAGACGUCGAGUUUGGCAGCCUGUCUUGAACUUCAAGAAAGUUUGCCCGGCGAUUCUUUCCUGCUAGAGCUUUCAGCUAUGGCCAGUCAAGAUUCGCAAUCGACUUUGGUGAUGGGCGCGUCCCCUCCAAAGACUCCCAUGAAGUCCGUGAAGGUCACCCCUGGAUCACCUAUGAAAGUGCUGCCCACCAGUGCUUCGCCCAAGGCGCAGGUUUCUCCCAAAGUGAAGCCUGCAUCCUCCACUUUGAAAGUGAUGAAGAAGCCCGCAGCUUCUAUGAAAGUCAAGAAAAGUGAGAAGAGCAAGAAAAGUGAGAAGACCAAGAAGUCAGGUGCUGCUACCAAGUCAUCCCUUGAGAAGGGAGAGAAGAAGCCGGCAGCCCGUGGAUCCCUCAAGAAGCCAGCAGCACGUGCUUCCCAGAAGAAGCCUUCCAAAAGAAAGUCGCUCUCGGUUUCGUCAGAUCGUGAGUCAGACAUCAGUGGUGACACUCCAGUGCUCUUGGGUGUGGAACCCCGUACUCCUGAAGAGGCCCGUCGGCAGCUUCAGGCUGAGCUCUACAGUGAGUAUGUGCAGGAGCGUGACCAUGACAUGGCCUUUGGCUACCAAAGUUUCACUUUUCGCCGUUGGUUGAGGGCCCAUGCUGACGACUUCGAUGUGAUCCGCCUUCGUCGCAUGGGGGCCCGCAUCUUUGACGACAUCGACGAUGGCAACAAGUGA